UCCGAGGAAACAGUUUGGUAGAGGAAAACUCCUCACUGAUCUCUCUGAUCGUGUUUGUAAGGAGCAGCUAUGCCUUCAGCUGGUGCUGGAAACUCCUGGGAACUGCCAGUCUUCCACUGAGUUCAGCUCCAACAGGUCUCAGGAUGAAGGCUGUGGCUGUUCUGGCCCUGGCCUGCUGCCUGGCCACCAUCAUCGAAUCCAAAGUCUACACUCGUUGCAAACUGGCCAAGAUAUUUUCAAGGGCUGGCCUGGACAAUUACGAGGGCUUUAGCCUUGGAAACUGGAUCUGUAUGGCAUACUACGAAAGCCACUACAACACCACGGCCCAGACCGUCCUGGAAGACGGAAGCAUCGACUAUGGCAUCUUCCAGAUCAACAGUUACACGUGGUGCCGACGUGGGAAGACCCAGGAGAAGAACCUCUGCCAUGUCGCCUGCUCAGCCUUGCUCACGGAUGAUCUCACCGAUGCCAUCAUCUGUGCCAAGAGGAUCAUCAAAGACACCCAGGGCAUGAACUAUUGGCAAAGCUGGAAGAAGCACUGUGAGGGCAGGGAACUGUCCGAGUGGAAGAAAGGGUGCGAGGUUUCCUGAGCACGAUUACCCCACGAUCACACCCUAGGAUGU